CCAAAUACUUAAGAAAGACUUUCAGUUGGUAGCCAAGGGACUUGACUUUGACUUGAAUUUUCAUUCUGGCCAACCUGGCAACACAGUCCGCGUUGUCGCGCCCUUGCCAGUGUGACGUGGCCACAUGGCAACCCGGCACGGCUUGCAAUUCGCAACAACCACCACGACGGCGUCGAACUUUCAUCCGUCACUACAAAACUCAAAAGAGACAGGCAAGCUUCGUUUAGCGAGCUGGCCAAGCAUGAAGUUUCAUAGACCGGUUUGGGACGAGUACAAAUAAAAAUGCGGUGACGCUGUAAAGGUGAGAUGCCACCCGCCAUAAUAGAAGAAGAAGAAGAAGAAGAAAACGAAGAAGAAGAAAGACAGAAAACGUCUCGUGAAAUAAUUCUUCCUUUGGUUGUACUGAAGCUUCGGCACAGUAAGGUCGUGGCUACUUACUGGAUGAAAACGUCAUUCAUUACAUUUUUGGGAUGAACUCGUCACCGUUGCACUUUGAACUCCUCGGCCUUAGCUUAGCGUAAGUUGCUAGCUGCGAACAAGGAGACGCGUUUCCUCACGUCACGUCGUCCAGGAGAGACCAAGUGUUUGCAUCGCCAUCGAAAUGUGUGCAAAACGCGCGGAAGAAGGAGAGCACGAAGAGCAACUUUGUCGACGCGAAGAGGCGAACGAGACACGAAAUCAACGACUGGACGCUGUUUUCAAGCAGCUUCGUAUUGUGUUGCACAGAGCAGAUAUCAGAGAUGAUCUUCAUCCUGAGCAGCGGGAGACAGUGUCACCUUACAUUAAAGAGGAAGAGUCGUCAGAGACCUCCCACAUCAAGGAGGAAGAGCAGGAAGUUGACAUAAAUUUUCCAUUGUUUGGUGUCAUUGUGAAGAGGGAAGAUGGCAACGGAGACCACUGUGGAGGAUCCGCCGAACUCGACGGCCUCAUGGCUCCUCUAUCUGAUAGUGACGACAUAAUGUCACAGUUUGCUGACACUGAUGCACACUCAAAAGGUGAUGUGACAUUUCACACCGACAAGAAACACAUGAAAUGUUCUCAGUGUGACAAAACCUUUUUGAACCAGUCAUCAUUGAAAAGACACUCAAGAACACACAUUGGAGAGAAACCUUUUGCCUGCUCAGUUUGCAGUAAAAGAUUCUCAAGAAAGGGACAUUUAAGAACACACGCAAGAACACACACUGGAGAAAAACCUUUUGCCUGCUCAGUUUGCGGCAAAAGCUACUCUGCAAAGAAACAUUUAAUAGCUCACACAAGUGUCCACACUGGAGAGAAACCUUUUUCCUGCUCAGUUUGCGGCAAAAGAUUUACGAAGAAAGAAUAUUUCAAAGUGCACACAAGAACGCAUACAGGGGAGAAACCUUAUUCCUGCUCAGUUUGUGGGAAAAGAUUUACUCAGAAGGAAUAUUUCAAAGUGCACACAAGAACGCACACUGGGGAAAAGCCUUUUGCAUGCUCAGUGUGUGGUCUUAGAUUCACUCAAAGGAUUACUUUAGCAAAUCACAGACGAACACACACUGGAGAGAAACCUUAUGUCUGUUCAGUUUGUGGUAAAAGAUUCUCUGUAAAGGGAUAUUUAACAACACACACGAGAACACACACUGGGGAGAAACCUUUUUCAUGUUCAGUAUGUGGUCUUGGAUUCACUCAAAAGAUCAGUUUAACAAAUCACACACGAACACACACUGGUGAAAAACCUUAUGCCUGCUCGGUCUGCAAUUUGUCUUUCAGCGGUCGUUCAGGGUUGAAUCAACACAAGAGAACACACACUGGGGAAAAAAAAUUUUCAUGCUCAAUUUGUGGCAAAAGAUUUUCUCAAAGAGGCACUUUGACAUCACACUCAAGAACGCACAGUGGUGAGAAACCCUUCAGUUGCAGUGUGUGUCAUAAAAUAUUUUCUUAUUGCUAUCAGAUUAGGAAACACAAGUGUGCUGGUGAGUAGAGGAGCAGCAGUCAAUUAAACUUUAUAUCAAUUGUAAAGAAAUUUCACUCUUAAGUGUAUAUUUGAUCCUGAAUAAAAUGCAAGUCUUCAAACUAUUCCAGGAGACUAAAUGCAUCAAGGAUAAAAUGUAGUUGUUUUCCUUUGGAUAAGUCACUUAAGGUUAAGUUGCUCAUUUUAAAAUGACAGCACACAAUUCUGUGUCUUACAAUUUAGGAUUUCGAGUGUAAAAACUUAGUUUGACACUCGAAAUGACACUGCAAUGAUUUACGUAUUCUGAUAAUGGGACCAAUCUUUUGCUCAGCUGGCCUUGAAUAUGAUGAGUCAAUAGAGAAGUGAAAUCACAGCAAAAACACAAAAUUGCUCAAUGGCACUUCGCCCAGCCAUGGAAAAAGAGUCAACUUUUGGAUGAAGACGACAAAACCUAAUUAAAACAGUUUGUUUGUUGUAAUAUUAUAUAUAUAUAUAUAUAUAUUGUAAUAUUGCGGCACGGUGGCCGACUGGUUAGAGCGUCAGC